AAUUGUGGGAGCAUUAAAUAUAAGGCAAUAUAUAUUGAGUCAUUGGAAAAGGAAGCGUUGGCUUUUGGUAUCUGCCGAAUAAUGACUUUACGCCGUCUAAUUCAUGAAAUCAUUCUAACCCAAUUUCAGAAAUGAACCCCGCCUCCGCCUCCGCCCCGCCCCCGCCAUCGUAUUCUCCAAUCCCCUCCUCCUCCGCCCUUCUCUAUGGUCCCCGCCACCGCCGACUCCCCUCUCCCCCCUCCUCCAAGCGCAAUAAACUGGCUCUCCACCGCCACCACCCCCUUUCGCCGCUCCUCCCUGGCCUCCCCGAUCACGUCGCCCAAUUCUGCCUCUCCCAUCUCCCCCCUUCUCUCCUCUUCUCCGUCUGCCGUUCAUGGCGCCUCCUCUAUUCCCCUUCUUUUCCCCCUUUCUCCUCCCUAUACGCCCUUCUUUCUUCCUCCUCUAAUUCCCUCGAUUUCUUCAAUUUCGAUCCAAUCUCUUCAAAAUGGACCCCUCUCCCUCCUCCUCCCAAUUCCCAUCUCUUGAUCCACCACCCUUCUUUCCUCUCCCGCCACCUCCCUGUUCAAUCCCUCACCGUCUCCGGCCACCUCCUCCUCCUCGCCGCCACCACCCACAACCUCCUCCCCGCCCUCCCUCGCCCUCUCCUCUUCUCCCCCUUUUCCAAUUCCUGGCGUUUCGCCCCUCCUCUCCCUACCCCUCGCCGUUGGUGCGCUGCCGGCGCUCUCCGUGGCUCUGUUUAUGUCGCUAGUGGGAUUGGAUCCUUCUUCUCCACUGAUGUAGCUCGAUCUGUUGAGAGAUGGGAUUUGAAACCCAACGGUGGUGGUGGUUGGGAGAAGGUGUGUGGGCUUAAGGAUGGGAGAUUUAGUAGAGACGCCAUUGAUGCUGUGGGAUGGAAAGGGAAGCUCUGUAUGGUGAAUGUGAAAGGGGAUGCGCCGAAAGAAGGGUUGGUUUAUGAUUUGGAAAGGGGUGAGUGGGAGGAGAUGCCGGAAGGGAUGAUCGGAGGAUGGAGAGGGCCGGCGGCGGCCAUGGAUGAGGAAGAGAUGUAUGUGGUGGAUGAAGUUAGUGGAAGUUUGAGAAGGUAUGAUUCAGAAACGGAUUUCUGGGAGGAGGUAAUGGCGUCGAAUCGGUUGAAAGGGGCGGUGCAGAUGGCGGCCGGCGGCGGCAGAGUCUGCGUCGUUUGCGGUGGUAGUAGAGGGGAAAUCGUCGUGGUGGAUGUGGUAGCGUCGCCGCCGCGGUUGUGGGUUGAGGCGACGCCGCCGGGAACGGAGGUUGUCGCCGUCCACGUGCUGCCGAGAAUGAAUGGUGCUGCAGAGUCAUGAUCGUCCGUCGGUUACAGCCAGGAAGUGAUUUUUUUUUUUUUUUUUUUUUUUGAAUAUUGCGUUCUUGUUUAAUAUAUUAAUAGAAAGAUAAUACGAAGAAUUUAGACCCAAAGAUUUUGUUUUAAGUUUUUAUUUUUAAAAAUUAAGUUUAUAACAUUUACUUUUUUUUACUCGAUUUA